AUGUGGGAUAAUGCUAACACCGCUGCGGGUACCGUUGAGUCUGACCCACUGGUCGCGAGGAAUGCGUCGCGCAUACAUCGCUCCAUCGAUUCUACCGGUCUAGGAUGGAGAGCAACACACUGGGAACAUAGCAAGCGAUGGAAAGCGACCGGAGUGACCGUUAUUUGUGACCGAGUAUCGCGCGCUCAAUGCAUGCUAUCAUCAUCUGUUGCUAAGAUUCGAUCUUUAGCGAUUUCUACAACGAUCUCUGUCUCUACAUCAGUA